CGCCAGCGCAUCUGGGCUGAACGUCAGAGCGGUCGGAGCAUUGUGCGGAGGUGGUGUAGCGUGCUCGUUCACCUCGCUGUGACUUUCGGCGGAUGUGAAUAACUUCUGGUGCAAUGUCUCGAGUCGCUUGUACAAUCCACGGAAUAAUGUCGAGGCUCUUAGGUGUCCUUCUGCUAGUCGCUGGAGCGAACUGCAUGUACGCGUCCAAUUCAGCUGUCGUUGAUCUUAGGCCAAAUAAUUUUGAUAAUUUAGUGUUAAAUAGUGAUCACAUCUGGGUGGUUGAAUUUUAUGCGCCAUGGUGUGGACACUGUCAACAGUUGACGCCAGAGUAUGACAAAGCAGCUACUGCAUUAAAGGGUGUUGUAAAAGUUGGCGCGGUAAAUGCUGACGAACACAAAUCUCUGGGAAGCAAAUACGGUGUUCGUGGUUUCCCAACAAUCAAGAUAUUCGGACUUGACAAAAAGCCGGAAGACUAUAAUGGUCCGAGAAGUGCAGCUGGCAUUGUCGAUGCUGCGUUAAAUGCUGCCAGUCAAAAAGUUCGAAAAGUGUUAGGUGGUAAAACUUCAGGAGGUGAAUCAAAGAGCAAAGAUUCCAAAGAUGUGAUAGAAUUGACGGACGAGAACUUCGACAAGACUGUUUUAAAUUCUGAAGAUAUGUGGCUAGUCGAAUUCUACGCUCCUUGGUGCGGCCAUUGCAAGAAUCUAGCGCCCGAGUGGGCAACAGCAGCUACCGAGCUAAAAGGCAAAGUCAAACUGGGAGCUUUGGAUGCCACUGUAAACACGUUGAAAGCAAGUAAAUACGAGAUCAAAGGCUAUCCCACCAUUAAAUUCUUCGCACCGGGCAAGAAGGAUGCUGACUCGAUGCAAGACUAUGACGGCGGUCGCACAAGCGGUGAUAUCGUUAACUGGGCGCUCGAGAAAUUAGCCGAAAAUAUCCCGGCGCCGGAAGUGGUGCAAAUCACUUCCGAGAAGAAGCUGAGAGCAGCAUGCGAAGACAAACCGAUCUGUGUGGUUUCCGUUCUGCCACAUAUUCUGGACUGUCAGUCCGAUUGUAGAAAUGGAUAUUUGAAAACUCUAAGUACUCUCGGUGAAAAAUACAAAAAGAAGAUGUGGGGAUGGGUCUGGGCUGAAGCUGGUGCUCAACCGCACAUCGAGGAUGCAUUAGAGAUUGGAGGUUUCGGUUACCCCGCGUUAGCAGCCGUUAACAUCAAGAAAAUGAAAUAUUCCUUAUUAAAAGGUAGUUUCUCAUACGAUGGAAUAAAUGAAUUUCUACGAGAUCUAAGUUACGGUAGAGGUGGCACUGCGCCCUUGAAAGGUGCUCAAUUGCCUGUUAUCAUUGAAACAACGCCUUGGGAUGGUAAAGAUGCUGAACCUCCACAGGAAGAGGAGAUUGAUCUCAGCGAUGUUAAUCUAGAUGAUAAAGACGAGCUAUAACUUACUGAAAGCCAACCAGCUGAAUUCUUCUUAGAAGGAUUUACCGCACACAACGUAUAUCGUUUCUAAUAAAAAAAUCUAAUUAAGGGCGUUAAUCGCGAAUCGGCAUACAAGUCACACUCGCCCAAAAAUUUAUUUUGUAUUGUCAGACUUAACAUCUAUACAUAUAUAUUAUAUACUUAAUAAGAAUCUACAUCGAUUAAUUUCGUAAUGAAAUUAAUGAUAAUUAAAUAAUUCCAUUAAUCAAUGGUUUUUGUAUAAUA